CAGCAUCCGGCGCGGACGCGGAGAGACGCUCGCCACAACGACAGAGCCCAAACAAGGCGCCAGCAGCUGAGGGAGGGUUUCUAAGCGCGUCUUCUAACUGGUUUUUUUACGCCGUUUUGUGAAGUUUGUGUUUUUGUCUUUGUUUGUUAAACGUCGAGCAAAGCUUCACUGCGGCGGAUCGAUACCCUCAUCAUUGCUGGGAAUUUUAAUGAGAUAUGUAGGUGACACAUUCCGUUUGGAGUCACACGCGGACCCCAGCAAGGACGGGAGGAAGAGUCAAAUCUGCUGAACCUGGAGGACGUCUGAUCAGGACUGUUUCCAAAACCACGUGAAGUUUUCCAGGAAGGUUUUUUUUCCAGGAAGGUUUUUUUUCACCUUUUCCUGCUUUACAAGCAAACAUCCCUCUCCAAGUGUUUCUUUACUUCAUUUUUAUCCUGUUCAGGAACUGCAUUUUGGACCUAAACUUUUUGCUUUUUCUUGCUUUUUUUUCUUUUGUUAAACAAGACCAAUUCCAGAUGCCAAACUGACUGUGUUGACAUAAAAAAACAAAAACAAAAGCAACGGAUCAUCAGUUAGUUUAAUCCCCUGUCUUUGAGGAACUAUAAACCGUCUUACAUCAAAUCGUCCAUUCUGACCACUUGAUUCACCUUCCUUCACGAUUUGUUGCUCUCUAUGCUAAACCUGAGACCAUAAUCAGUGCAUUAUUGGUUCAAAGUGCUUUACCGUGAGACUCUCCAGCUGGUGGUUUCCAGAGAAACCGAAGGGUCCGAGGGGAGGGCUGGCAAAGGAAGCCAAAUGAGCCACGUUUAAACCCAAGCCACUGCUGCUACCUGAGAGGCUCAGUAUACCGUCCUGUCACUGCGCUGUGAAACACUGUUGACACUUUGCUUAUCUACUUCUUCCAGUUGCUUCUGUCAGAGAGGACUCUCAGUCUCCGUCGUUUUCUUUCUUCCAUUCACGGUGCUUAAUUAAGCCACAGUGGACGACGCCCCUUUACUCCCUCUUUGCAUCCUUGCUUUUCCCCUGCGACACGCAACGGAAGAAUUUCACUGUUCUCGCUUGUUUCUACAGAAGAACUUUAAGCCAUACUGAACACCAGCCAUAAAAGUCCACAGAUCUCUUUUGCCAAGUGAUCUUCACUCGCAUCGGUGCAUUUUCAGGGUGCCAGUGAGGUAACCGAACAAAUGAAGGAACCGCUUUGUAAGUUCCGACUUUUUCUAUGAAGAUAAGGCUCUGUACUGAAGCUGUGGCCCCACCGCCUUCUGCAUCGGGAUUCCCAUCCUCGCCCAGUUUUCCUCUGCGCUGACGGAUGAAUCCAGACAUUUUCAUGUCUGCUCUGUGGGCCGAACCGCGCUGCCCUGCUAGAACCGGGCCCAAACCCUCCUUUGUUCUCUUCUGCUGGGCCAAGCUGAACUCAGAGCAAAGACACUCACGCGACGGUGUCAGCACAUAGAUUCACGCUCGCUCCUCACCAGCCCUCUGCUACUGAAUGCCUUGACGUGCUUGUUGUAACCAACCGAUCUGUCCUUUUGACAAACGCUAUGAUGCUGCUUUAUGCUUUACAGUGCUGGAACUCCUGCUCAACAGUUCCCUUCCUGUGAGCACCCUAAAACUGCUGUUAUGCAACUCGUACGAACGUCUCCUCAAAAAAAAAAUACAGCAAAGAACUUCGUUUGAUCUAAACGCAGUUUAGUUUUUGUCGAUUAUUCAAAAAAAAAAAGUGCCAAACUAGGAAAAGUCAACGUCCUUCAUCUAAGCUAACAUGAGAUGUUAGGUUUACAGGCAGCGCUAAAUGUUUACACACCGCAGCUUCCUUUGGUUUCUCCAAACGAAUCGUAUCUUUUGUGCCAAACGCGCCAUAACUGUGUUUAGUGGAUAGAAUCGGACAUAGAGUUUACACUUUUUCACUAUUUUGUUUACAGAAAACAUAAGAAAACUGCCAUUUCUGAGGGGGUAAAAAUACCGCUCUGUCACCAUAAAGACCGCUUGUGAUUACCCAGUGCCAUACAACAACCCCAUGCGAAAGAUUCCUUUGGUUUGGAAGCUGUUGUUCUAUAGGGGCUAAAAUCUCCGAAAGACCUCAAUGUUUACACAAGCUGCUCGCGGGAGAGACACCUAGAAAUGUUUACAUUGAAAUGAGCGAGUUAAAUGCCAAACACAUUCAAACAGCUGCUGAUCUCCAGGAGAAACAUCUGAACAACCAACAGGAAGAAGGGAUUUACCCGCCUGUCAGCCGCUGAGGGUCUUUAUGAGCCAAGAAGGAAGGAACUGCUUUUCAAGUUUUUACCACUUUUUAAUACUUUGACGUUUGCCAUUGAACAAUGAGACCCUCUGUGCUCGAAAGGAUGUUUUUUUCCUCUCUCGUCCUCCUGUUUUCCUGCUGCCUGGCUCACUCCGCCCUAACCACCUCCACCACAGGGCGGCGGGCAAUCAGUGGAGAUGUUAGGAACUCUGCCAGUAAAACGACCUUGUUCCUCCUGACUGGAUACAAGCCCCCGGUGCUCGGCGGACCCCAACCAGGGCCAAAAACAGCCGAGGUGGAGGAUGAGGAUGACCCUCUGGCAAUGGCUGAACUCCCUCCAAAGCCCCUCCCUCAGACCAUGUUGCCAAAGAACGUGACGGAGGAUGCUCUGAAGCCGCCGCUCGGAGCGGCGCACAUUCCCCAUCAGCUGGUGGACGUGGACAUCUGCAAGGGGUACUUCGACGUGAUGGGGCACUUUGACAGCACGUUCAACUGCUCCAAGGGCAGCUACGUCUACUGCUGCGGCACCUGCCACUACCGCUUCUGCUGCGAGCAUCAGAAGAACCGGCUGGACCAGGACUCCUGCACCAACUACAAGUCUCCUGACUGGGCUGAGCCCCUGGUUCCGGUUACAGUGCCAACGGGCAAGAAGCCCAUCCCCGACUUUGAGACGCUUCAGCAGCAGAGCAGCAGUACUGGUUAUGUGAUUGGGGGGGUGAUCUCCUUCACGCUGGUGAUGGCUGUGGGCGUCAGGAUUGCCUUCAGCAAAGUUGCACGUCGACCUCGCAACAGAGAGAUCAACAUGCCCAGAUCGCUGGUGGACAUCUUGCGUCACCAAUCCAGCCCUGUGCAGCAGGGGGAGAGGAACAACAGCACUGUGCUGACCACCUCAGAUGGACGCACAUCAAAGAACCUCUACACCCCUAUCCUGCAGAUGAAAGACAACCGGACUGGAAACUUGCACCACCCUUUUAACCAGCAAGGGUCUGCUUCCAGCCCCAAACACUCUGCCACCGUCGAGCGUGGACCCCGCAUGAACAACACGCCCCAGCUCUCCUCUGGGCCUAAACUGAUCUCCGGGAGCGGCAAAGGCCCCGGAGGGGUCGGCGUUGGUGGCAGUGGCUUCAUGGGAGGCAGCAUGAGGCACAACAGCAGCCACCCAUCUUUUUCCCACUCCUUCCACAACCUGGCCCAGCUGCCACCGUCCUAUGAGAUGGCCAUGAAGCCGGAGAUCAACCGCUACAGCUCCCUGAAGAAGCUGGAGAAAGAACUUGAUGAGUACUCUGGCUACUACACCUCCAAACGACGUGCCAACAACGCCCCGCCCUCCUUCCAUUCCUCCCAGCACCACCUGCCCUGGGGAGGCGACUACACCCUGGGCUCCAGGGGCACCCUGCCUCUCCACGGCUCCCGACCACACCUCCACAUCCCAGCAUCCACCCCGAACCCGUACCCGCUGCCCUCGCAGGCGCCCUACACCAGCUCCACCUUCGACCGGCCGCCGCGCCGCGUCCGCUCCCAGGACCAGCUGCUGGCGCUCGGGGAAGGCAACACGCUGACGCGCCUGUCCAAGAACCAACAGCACCAGUACUACAAAGCCAUGAUGAGCACCAGCAGGAGCUCCACGUCACAGACGCUCCGCAGGUCACACGAGCGGCUCCUGAUCUCGCCGGACCGCCUAGACGAGCGGCUGAUGACCAUGGGUCACCCGAUGGGGGGAGGGGACAGAGGGGCGAGUGGUGGGAUGGUUCCCACCAUGGGCCGCCUCAGCCACCACCAGAAAGCUCAGUCGCAGCAGAACAUCUGCGCCACACCCUCCAUGGACCGCCACCACAUGAUCAAGAUGAACUCCCAGCCAUCGUCGGGUCAUGAGCACGAGCGCAGCGCCGCCGCCAUGCCCGGGAUGGGGAUGCGCAGCGGCUGGGAGUCCCACGGCGGGGCGGGGACUCUGGGAGGACACCCCAACGCGCGUCGGAUGGCCUUUGCCAACAAGCGGCAGAACACCAUUGAGCAGCUGCACUUUAUCCCCGGAGGCGGAGGCGGGCAGGGGCUGCGGACUGGGAGUAAGAACGAGGUGACAGUUUAGGAGAAAGAUGGACGUGAGGAGCUGGGAGGAGCAAACUGUGCUCGUUAAGAACACAGAGGCAUCAUACAUCUCAAAGGGAACUGUGUCCAUGAAAAUUCAGCCGAUCCCCGAAGAAAAACAAAUUCCCUCACAAAAAAGCAGAAAAAUGUUUUCCGCUAAGACUUUUCGGGAAGCAGAGUGUCAAUCCCACCGCCGUGAUGAAACUACGGAGUUGAGCUCUUCCACUUUAAAGGUGUUUCAAACCAAACAAGGCCCUUUUGUAUGGAUUUAUCUUGACUGAGCCCCACUGUAGGAGUUUGUUUGUACUUCCUAGAACAUGUAUUCAUCCCGAAGCCAGCCAGUUUGUAACCUUAGACAGCUGGACGUGUGACCAGCGCAUCACUGCUUUCUUUAGUGCUACUGUCCACACCUUUGAGCCAAGUGCAGUUAACCCUCAUUUACCUGAGACGAAGUUAGGGUGAGAAACGACGCCUGACGAUGUUGGGUCACCUCAAAAGUUGCAUUCAGAGUCGGAAGAACCUUUCGGGCCGAGCGUCGGCGACACUAGUGAAGCUUUGAAUCGGACCUUUCAUGCCAACCUGUGAACAAACGUCCCCAACAUCGUUGAAACGCUUUAGUGUUCGUUUAGUGUGGAGGUCCGUAGUUUGACAUUUGACUGACAGAGUCAAUGUAACCCCUCCCGGAGCGCGCUGCUGAUCUCCUGUUAUGAACAGAACCAACUUGGAGGGGGGCAGGACUUUGGACACUUCACACCAAGGGCUAAACUGAAUUAUCUUUGUGUGUCUGUGCUCUGUACAGUGUCCGCUUCUCAUUUUUAUUUCUUCUGUCGGAGGCAUGCUCGUGCAUAUUUCUACAGGUUCUCUUUGAUUCUUGUGUGUUGGGGGGGAGGGGGGGCUGCCGGAGCUUCUGUGUAACAUGUAAAAGCACCUUUAUGUUUGAUAUUGUCAAGGAAGCAGAGGAGACGACAACGAUGUCAUUUUUUUGUAUAAUAUUUGGUUUCUCUAUUGAAUGAACCUCCUCGGGGGGCUUCAGUAAGGUUCUUGGCCCCCAGAGUUUUUUGUGUUUCCAUAGAGACAGGUUUGAUCACUGCAGGGGUGUCAAAACUUUAUGUUGAGUGAUCUUGAUUGAAAAAGUUUUAGUUUUCUUAUCUUUGUUCUGGUUUUGCACCCGUCUAAGAAUAGUAUGUGUCAUGUUUGCUUCCAUACUGUUGUGAUACAUGAUACUUUUUCCUCACUGCAACACUUUAAAAGCAAAAACGAACACAUUUACUGUUCAAUGGAACAACAAAAACAACACAUGUAUGUGUUUAAAAUAGUUUGCACUUCCUACAUUUAUUUUCAUCUAUAAUUUAUUUUACAAAUCAAAGUUCAUUUUUGACUAUAUAAACUGCAAAAAAAAUCAUCAUCUGAAAGUCAUCGAAUUCUUUUUUUCUUUUUUUUAAUCUAAGAUAAGCUAUUUCUAUUUUGAGGUCAAAUAUAGUUGAAAAUCUCAAAAACACACAGAAUUGAAACAGAAUCAUCUUAUAAAACUUUAAGGUUUAGGACUGACUUACAAUAAAUUAUUCUAAAUUGUGUAGAAAAAAUUAUAAACAGCGCUUAAACUUCUGAAAUCAUAAACUAAAAAUGCUACUUUGAAAACAGUCACUAAACUAUGUAAAAAAUCUAUCUAUAAAUGAGCUAUUAAUGUAAGAUAAACAUUGACAUUUCUAAAUAAAUUAGCUAUAAUUUAUUAAAAUAUAAAAUAUACUUUAUCAUUAAAUCUUCAAUUCUGCAUAAAUACACAGAAUGUGUACAGUAAUAGCUGAAUCCUUAAAAAAAACGUAUGAAUAGUUGCUAUACAGAGGAAUACAAUUUUAAAAUAAUUAAAAGAAGUAUUGCUAAAUCCUAUGUUAGAAGAAAGUUUACAAGCAAUCCUGAAAAGGCUAAAUUACAAGAUAAUGAUAAUUCCACUUCAUACUUGGGUUUCUGUCAGUGUUAGGUGGUACAUUGUUAAAUGUCUAACUCUGCUAUAACCUCAACUAACUGAAAAAGAUGCAGAAAGGUGAAAAUUUAAGUCGACAUUUGUAAAACAAUGUAUUAAAAGUGAACAAAUUGGAUUGUUAAAUGUUGCAUUUUCCUAAAGGUUCCAAAAGAUGUGAAAAAAACUCCAAGAAAUUAAUUAGAAAAUGCUACGUUGAGACACCUGAAAGCAAAAUUGACAUGGUUUGUGCAUCUAAAUUACAUUACACAGCUGAAAUCUUUAAUAUGGUAAAAAAAAAAAAAGGGGGGAUUUUGGUCUUGUUAUGUAAAGAAUCACAUUUAGAGCAAAUGUUCCAAGUGUUCCAAGUUUGUGGCAUAUGCUGUGUUUAAAUCUUGAUUAUGACCAACAGGAAAAACAUACUGAGCAUCAGAUGAUGUUUGGAUACCCCUGAAUCUGAGUGACGCUUCGUAACAGACAACUUUGGUGUUUGAAUUCAUGCCCGCACUCGUUUACCUUUCUGAAAAAGUAGAACAUUCCUUAUUAAUAUGAUGAAAACUUUUAUCAACACUUUGUGUGACUUUAAUUGUUUUUGUUGGGAAAAUGCUUUAAAAAAAUCCUCUGUGAACCACAGGAUCUGAUUUGAGAACCAACAGUGAGCUGCGUGGAGAAGGCAUCACAUCAACACACAUCUGUUUUUGCGUCUAACUUCUUAGCAUCAUCCUAUUUUCUUGGAAUGCUAGGAGUUUUAACCCAAAUGGUGUUUGCUCACUUCACCUGUGGACAAUCAUUUUAGUUUCCUGACUUUUAGUUUUCAGAGGGUCAUUGAGCAGCUUUUCUCCUCGAGUUCAUCUGCGAGGACUGUUGGAAGGUGUAAAUCGUUUACGGUUUUUCAUGUGAAGUUCCAGUGUGUGAAACGUAAAACAGCUGGUCCAUUUAUAGCAUGGUUUGUGUGUUCGAUGGUGUUGAUCUGAAAACAAUAGUGCAUUUCUUACACGGUAAUGUCUCAAAUAAAACAUUACCAGCAUAAGACUCCUUUUUCAAACCUUUAGAGGAGAAAAAAAUACAUAAUUCUAACACUUCAUAGAACCAAAAAUCUAUUUAACUUUGACUUAUUAACAUAUAUUUUAAGGAAAUGAAAGGAUAAUCGAAUCAGACAUGGAAUUACUUUGUACUUUUGAUGUCUCGCUCCUUUGAAGGUCUCUUCCUGUUGUUGUGAUCCAUGUUCAUUGCCGCCCUGAUUAGAAACUGUGUGCCUGUACGUGAGUAUGAGUGUGUUAACCACAGUGGGUGGGGGGGGGGCAUGGGUGUAUUUGUACUUUCAAAGCUACUCUGCAUACCUCAAACUGUAUGAUACAAUUAUUUAUAACAUCCCUUAUAUGUCUAUUUCCAAGAAUAUCCCAAUGAAGGUCUGACAGAUGUGCUAUACCUUUUUUGUUAUUGGUGAUCAAUUCUUGCGUUUGUAGAAAUCAUACUGUUUAAAAGAUACUAUAAAUAAAAUUGAAAAAAAAAA